AACUCAGAGAAAUCAAGCAAUCCAGGACAAUGGAAGAGCGUUAUAUAUAAACGUUUCGAGUCAAGAUAUGAAAAAUUCCCGGUAAAGCAAAAGGACAAGCCAUGGACCAGUUGAUAAAACAACUGUUGCAGGGUGAAACCUUCUGGUAUGAAACUACCCCUGCUCCACCUGUCGGCCGAAGUGCUUUUGUGCCAUAUGCAAAUACACCUAAAAUUGAACUGAGGUUACAGAGUGCUGCAGGUUGUACCAAUGGAGUUAGCUCUGGAAACGCGAACAAGAGAAUGAUUGAAUUCUUGAGGAAGAGUUGGCUUACAACGACAGAAACCAAAGAUACCCAGAAAGAGAGGAGUUUCCAUCACAUGAUGAAUGAGAGAAAGAGAAGAGAGAAGCAGAAAAGAAGCUACUUUGACUUGCAUUCCAUGCUCCCUCUUGGCACCAAGAAUGAUAAGAACUCGAUUGUUCAAACGGCAAUCAAGAGAGUUCAGGAGCUGGAAUGGCUAAAGAAGGAUCUGGAGGGGAGAAACAAUGAGCUGCAGGCAACAUUGGCUGCAAUGAACGAGAACCAACAUACUGAAGGAACCAAGAUUAGAGUCAGGAUAGUCAAUCCAAAAUCUGGGAUUGAUUCCAUGUUGGCGGUUUUGAAAUGCUUGAAGCAAUUGGGUUCGAAACCCAGAAUGAUUCAGUCAAAGUUUACAAAUCAAGAAUUCCUUGCAGUGAUCGAUAUUGAAACUGAGGUUUACCCUGUUUCUUCCUUAAUAUUGAUUCAUCUUAUGCAUGUAAAUACCGUACAGUUCACCCUUCAACAUUUAUUAGAUGGGAGGUGCCGAAGUAGAAAACGCUGUAAAUAGAACAUUGCAAGAAGCUGAGAGGAAGCUUCAGGAACGUUGAAACCAGAUGCUAAACAAAAGAAGGUUGAUCAAAUUUUCUAAUCUUACACCAAUGGAAAACCACAAGUGUCACCAAAGAACAUAGAAGAAGGGCAAAAAGAUCAGGUCAAUAGACCAUAAACUAAUUAAUUUAGUUAAAAAGUGUAGCAGUAACAAUUACUAACGUGGGAAAUAUGGGCCAAUUUAGUUGCUAAUAAUAACAGGUUUGAAUUCUUAUUUGUCUAAAAUGUUUCUCACCUUCUGAAUUUGAAUUGGCUGAUUUUGCUUGGACCGUGAUGCAAUCUGACUUAAGAGAGCAAAGAUCGUCUUCACUCUUGAACUGCAAUAGUUUUUUUUUUUUUUUUUUUUUUUUUUUUAAAUAGGCUUUGGAAAAAGUCAGCUCUCUGGACGUUAGGUGUUUGAAAAUUGUGGUAGAAUUCUUAUUUGUCUAAAAUGUUUCUCACCUUCUGAAUUUGAAUUGACUGAUUUUGCUUGGACCGUGAUGCAAUCUGACUUAAAAGAGCAAAGAUCGUCUUCACUCUUGAACUGCAAUAGUUUUUUUUUUUUAAAUAGGCUUUGGAAAAAGUCAGCUCUCCUGACGUUAGGUGUUUGAAAAAUGUGGUAGAGAUUAGAAAGCCUAGUUAAAACUACUAUUGCUACUACUGUAAUGUUUUGAUUCAUUAAAUGUUGCAAAUUACUUGGUUAUAUUUGCUCGUUAGAGGAUAGGAAGAACAAUACAAAUUUGGGCAUUCAUCUAUUUUUAUUCAUCAUUUUUACUCUCACCUGUGUUGUUCAAAAUGAUCAUGCUGCGACUGCCAUAGAGAAAUUGUGUUUAACAA